AUGUCACCUCAGACCGAGCUCCCAGUAUCGCUCCCAGUGCCCCCAGUAUCCCUCCCAGUGCCCCCCAGUAUCGCUCCCCGUGCCGCGCGGGGCGGGGUCGCGGCUGUUUUUGGGGGUCGGCCCCGGGCCGGGCCGGAGGAUGAGGAUGAGGAGGAGCGGGAGGAAGAGGAGGGGGAGUUAAAGGAGGAGGAGGAGCGGGAGGCUGAGGAGGAGGAGGAGGAGGAGGAGUACCAGGAGGAAGAGGAGGAGGAUGAGGAGGAAGAGGAGGAGGCUCGGGAGGAAGAGGAGGAGGAAGAGCAGCCG